ACAGACACACAUGUUCACAAAUUUCCCUUUUACAUAUAUAGUUUAAUUUAAUUACAUUUUAUAACGUAACAUUUUAGAGGCUCGGAGGUGAUAACCUUUUGUACUGGCAACACUGCCAUACCCCCCGAGAAUCGAUUCGCUAGGUUAAGGGAGCAACGAAGUCACUGUGAAUCGAUUCGGUAGAGCAGUCGGAGGCGGCGAUCCCCCCCCACGCCCCACUGCGAAUCGAUUCGACAGACAACGGAUGUGACGAUUCCCCCCGACGAAUCGAUUCUCUAUCCAAAACUAAAUUUUUUGCCGGGAGUUCAGAGAGGGCACCGGUUAUCGCAACAAUUUUAACUUUAAAUAAAACGCGUCAAGAUGUAAACAUCCACACGCGUAGACGAGAGUUGGUCCGUAUCAGCGCGGUCUUUAAUCGCAAACGCAACUGCAGUGACGUGUACAAAGGAGGGACGCGGUGAGACCCGGAAGACUGUACCACCACCCCCCCCACUACACCAUACAAGAGGCAGGACUUUGAUCCAGCGGUGGUGCUGGUGGUGGACGGGUGAAGUCGAAGUUCGUGGGCGGCUGACUGACCGUUGCCUCCUUCACUCCCAGGCGUUGUUGGAAUCGGCUUUCUUCACCCCAUUACACAAAUUCCUUUCCGAUUCACACACCGUUGGUGUCGCCGUCUCUACAUCAGCUUCGUUGUCGCGCAUGCACUUCCCAGGGGAGCCCUUGCCGAAUAUUUAUGCGAUGAGGGCAUGCACGCAGUGAUCGAGCAAACCCACCAGCCAGCGUGGAUCUUAAGGAUAAUUACUUUCAAAGGGGGGUCUUGGCGGCGGUGACUCGACGGGGCGAUGGAGACGAACGCAACCUCCAAAAUCUUGUCUCACCUGAGACGGGUGAGCGACGGACAUCUCGGGCAAAUGCGAGCAAAGUUGCGGGGAAUCGAACAACCAGCGGGCCAGUGGCGCUUCCUGAUCGACGCACUGGAUCACGUCCAGAACCAGGGUCUCCGCUCUUCCCCAGCUCCCCACUUCGAAGGGGACUGCACAGCCAUCAUGAGGUACCUGCAGGAAUUUGGGCGAAACCCCAGCGCCCCGCUCGAGGGCAGCUCCUCCCAAGAGAGCAUCAUGCCGCUGAGGUCCGGCCUGGCCGCGCUCGAAUACAGUGACCCAAGGAGGGGGCCGUCGAUUGCGACUACAGUGCGUGCGGGCAGCGACCGUGAGGUGGACCCGGCGAUGCAAGACUGCUCUGCUUCUUGCAGCGGCGGCAGCGGCGGCAGCAGGCCCCAGGCGCUGAAGACGAUGCCCGCAAGCUGUCUUCCAAAUUCGCUCGACAUAAAGUUCAGCAACGAGAGCCUGCCCACUGUGGCACUGGAUUGCAAGCAGCAGCAGCAGCACCGGCAUCCACAGCAGGAACAGCAUCCGCAGGAGCAACGGCAGCAACUUCCACAGCAGCAGCAGCAACAGCAGCAGCAGCAGCCUGUUCAGCAGAAUCUUCCGGCGUGUAACGCCUUACCUCAGCUCUCUCAGCAUCCUGCAGCCGUAAUGUCGCACGCCUCUCAUCCAUCGAAUGGGAUGGGACGUUCUAACGUUGACCCUGGGCAGUACCGGGGUGUCCAACCCUCACUGCAGGGCGACAGUUCCUUGUCGCCGGAUGCGGUGCCUGACGAGCCCAUUCCCAACUAUGCGCGCCAGUCAUUGUCCUAUAGAGAGGUUGCGCCACCAUCCAUCGGCUCCGCCCGAUCCUAUGGUGGAAACCCACCGCUGGGCUGUUACGACAGCAUGAGGCCAAACCGUUACCAGGGCGCGCCAGUCAGACGGCACGCUGCGGACGGGCACAGCAUUCAGCACGAGACGCUGGGUUCCUUCGCGCCCACGGGUCCCGUCUUCGAUUCUGGCAAGGUUGAAUCCUCGCUCGUCUCGCAGAUGGGCAGCCUCAACUUGAGCCCCACGAUGGCGCUGGGAUCCGUCGGCGAGGGCCCCUCGCCGGCGACGUUGCGGCCCCUGCGGGCCAAGGCGUCGUCACCCGGCGCGACGCCAUCGCCACCGCCAACGCCAGCGACGCCGGUUUCCGAGGGUUCGUCCGGCAGUUGGGCGAAUUCCGCCGUGAGCCCGCAGAGAGGAGGGCCAACAAACGACGGGCACGGGGAGGAUGAGGUGGAGGUGGACGAGGAGGAGGAGGAGGAGUUCUACACAUUUGUGAUCCUGCACGACGCCAAUGACAACGAUAUCGCGGAGCAGGUGAAGGUUGAGCUGGAAAAUCUCGACAUCAAGCCUGGCGCCACCUUUGAGGACCUCCAGGUGGGCGGCGAGCAUCAAAUCGGGAGCGUGGAAAAGGCCGUUGACAACUCGGCCUACACCCUGCUGCUGAUGACCUCCAAUUUCGUGAACACCUGGAUGCAGUUCACCACGCACGCCACGCUCAUGAACUCCAUCAACAAGACGCACAAGUACAACACGGUCAUCCCGCUGCUGCCGCGCACGCGACGCCUUCUGAAGAACCACACGCCCUUCGCUCUGCAGGCCAUCAACCCCCUGGACAUGGCGCUGAAAACUUUCGAGAAGAAGGCGUGCAUCACCUUGAACAGCAAGAAGGUUAGCAAGCAGAAGAGGGUGUGGGAGGCGGAGAAGCAGCGCCUGAGGAGGGAGCGGAGGGCUCGCGCCGUCAAAGAGCGGCAGCGGCGGCGGGAUUUGGAGGCAGCUCUGCUCGCGAUGCCUCCGGUAGCCGCUCACCACCCGGAAGACGGUGGCCCAGACGCAGAGGCUCAGGGGUUCGGCGAGAUGGAAGCGCAGGAGGCCGGACAGUCGCCACCACCGGGCGGAUUAAACUACGGCUGUGCUGCCGAGGGCGGCGGCGGCGGCGGCGGCGGCUGUAUCGGCAACAUGAACUUGGAGGGACACACUGUGCAGGUCAGCUUUCCACCCGUGGGCUCUCCGUCCCCGAACGUGGGUGUCGGAGGAGCGCAGAACAUCAACAUCAUCAACAUCACCGGCGUGCAGAACGUUCAAGUGGGAAGCAACAACGUCAUCCGGCGAGGCCCCACCUCCCCCGCGUGGGAUGGCGAAGAGUUCUUUGAGAGCGAGGAUAACAUAGACGAGGUUAACGAUUGCCAGGACAAUUAAACACCGGGUGUUGAGGUUCGCACGAUACAACCGGAACCCUCCCAAUUAUUCAAGUAAUGGAUUACCGCCGUUCGGGUGAUCGAUCACUCGGUUGCUUGGAUAUGACGGAAAUAUUUCCGCACGAAACGUCUCUGCUUCUGCUGCCGCCCGUGUGAGGCUGGACGGGAGGUGACCGGGAGGGGCGUGGCGGCAACCAUUUUUAUAGAGGCCACAAACGAGUGGUCGAUAACGAAGUAUAAUCGAUUAAUCGGGUUGAUCAACUCAUUGUCCCAUUUCUACCGUCGACACCGUGGAGGACUUUAACCCUUCCAGGGUCCGCUGCACCAGCACACGACCAGAACCUGGGUUUGAGUCCUGGUUUAGUGUUCAAGUGAAACGACUGCUCUCACGUGAGUGCAGUGCUCUUCCUGCGUCGACGAACCUAAGCCGUGAACGGAAACUCCACGUUAAUUUCGCAGGGAUCGCACCUUCCGUAGGACAGCCCGCUGUUGACUCCACCACACCUCCGAUUAGCGCAGUUGGCUACGUACGGUGCGAAAGAAGUUCAACACCCACACAUUAAUCUUCCUCUGAAGGGAUGGAGUUGACCUCUCGACUGGCAUUGUUUUGGAUUAAGAAACGUCCAAACAAUUAAUAACUGUUUGGACGUUCAUGAUCAGACUGUUAAGCGAUUACACCAUGCUCCCAGCUGUUGUGCUGGUACCCUGCAUGACGGUGCGAUUGUAACGAGUCGGUGCCUGACGAGAAGCCACGCAUCAGAUCGUUUCCAUGCCGCGAGUGGGGCAUUCAUGAGCGGGUGAGCGAACUUUCAUUCCGUGUGACGUCGGGGGAAAAUUCCCGCGACCCAUUCGUCCAGGGACUGGUUGUCUCGACCCCGGUCCCCUGCGUGUAAGGCGAGUUACUUUGUGAAUAAUGAAGGUGGAACUUUGGGUGCAUUGAAAACACAAUUCGAAAGUUUUUAAAUCUUUCAUAAACCGACGCACUUUUCUGGGCGGGGCGGUUCACAGGGGUGCACGUUUCUUAAAUCCUUGAAUCUUCAGUGCCCACUUUACACCGCUGGGUGGACAACACAGCCGCACCUCCGGGUGCUGUGGUGGCGAGAUAUUAACUACCUCGCCUGGUAUACAGGAGGUCGUGAGUUCGAUCCCGACCCUGACGCCUGCUGUGUUUGGAGUUCGCGUGUUCUCCCCGUGGCCGCUUGGAUAUUUCUCCAGGUCCUCCGAUUUAUCCCUCCACAUUUAGAAAAAAUGCAUUGAGAGUAUUUGGCAGCUAUAAAUUUCCACAUGAUAAGCCACUUAGUUGAGCUAUCAUUUGUGGCCAGGUCACUUCUGAAAAAGAACUAUCAAUAGGUCAGUGGGCCUUUACCUGGUAAAAUGUAAAAUAGUUUAGUUUUAAGAUGGUUGAAUAGUUUAGCACGGUUGGCUACAUACGGUGCGUACGUACAGCCGAUUCACCCAGCUACGUGCCAUGCAGCAAAGUUUGGACACAUUCCACUCUUCUGGGACGUUUGGCUAGCGUGGCAGACUGGGCCAUACAGCGUCUAGAGCUGUCCAGCGUGGCAGACUGGGCCACACAUCGUCGAUACCAGGGGUAUCGAACGUAUUCUUGGUUCUUUGGGUAAAGUCACGUAGAUAGAAAAAAAUAAUAAUAAAAUGAUAAAUUUAAAAUAAUAGAAGCAAAAAAGCCACGACGUUUCGAUCGCAACACAAGCGGUCUUCAUCAGGCGGAGAGAAAAACAUCAAACGUACCGGCCCGCGGGCAUUGCAACGGGAGAUUUGGCACGCCAUUGCCGCUAAACAAAAAUAAAUCGGUUCUCUUUUCCCGCGCUAGUCACAUUUUGAAUCGGUAAGUUAAGACCGUUUCAUGAUGCUUCUCAAUUUCAUAGGCCCAACUCUGUGGCCCGCUGGAGGUGCAUUUGAAUCCAAACCUGCCCCGCUGUCCAAUUGAGUUUGACACCCCUAGUCUGGAGCUCCCCAGUGGAGGCUCUCGCGCAAGCAGUGACCGGAGGGGGGCGAGCAAUCGUAAGGGCUGCACCGUUUUACCUUUCAUACUUUGCGUUCUUUUUCAUUGGUCUCAUUGUCGAAACGCGUUUUUAACCACUAUGAAUGCCACACACAACAAGAGUGUGUAAACGGCACUGUUUUUUUGAGAAUCAAAUCGUGGUUCUGUAUUGUCAGCCACGAGAUUGCAUCGUGGAGGAGAAUGGGUGUGAACAGUGACGUCACUGCUGCUUGCGAUGUGCACGUACCUUGUGCCCAGUGUGCAACAAACGUUGCUUUUGGCAGGCCGAGCAGAGUUGAGCCCGCGCAGCGCUUGAAUGUGCCACCGCCACACACAAACAGGUUGCUAUAGGCUGCUGCGGAGCUACGCGGUAGCGCAGCGGAAUCCGUUGUACUGCGCGUCUGUGCUCCCACGUCUGUGCUCCACGUGUGUGUCGCCAUCUCUGUGCCCCCCCCCCCUCCCGCCUUCGCCAACCUGCACCUGGCCAGUGUGGUGGUGCAUCGUCAAGUUAACCCCCACGACCCGAACAAGCGUGGGGAAGCCCUCACCCAAGGGCUGUACAUUGUCUCGUACAUCCGGUGCAACAACAAAAACACCAGAGCCAUUCAUUGCUAUUUCCUGUUUCCACGGCAUUUCGGUGGAAAGGGAGAUGUUUUUUUUAAAGGUGUCUUAAGCGGUGAUUUCUCGAUCGAUGUGACAUUUAUAUUUUACUGCCCGUGUAACUCUAAGGGUUUUUUUUGUGGGUCUUGAACGCCACAGGGCGGGGGGGGAGGUGUGUUUGACAGUGUCCUCGCGCAACACGGCUACACGUUCCGUUCGAUCGCUCUGCGAUGCGUCGCGACGGAUUCUGGCAGCUACGCAAACGGCGAUCCAGCCUCGAUAAAGCCACAGGCCUUAAUGUCGCGUGUGAUAACCUCCUGGAUCUGUUACGUUGUGGGCCCGUUCGAGUGCUUGGGUGCCGCCAUUGAGGUCGGGAACUCCCCCCUGCUCGUGCGCGUUUGCCGACUCCGUCUGAAGUUCAAAUCCAAUCUCAGGAUUUUCCCUUUUCUCCUCCGACUCUCAUUGUGUGUGUCCCCCCCCCCCCCCAGCUAAUAACGUCUUCUACACCAGCAGUCACUCAACUCCAGUCGUUAAAUAGUGGAACAAAAAUUACAUCGCAAAUAGCCCGACUGGAAUAAACGUGGCGAUCAUCGCCCCCCACCCACCCCCCCGGCUGCAAAAUAUUGAUUGGCAGGACCCCCCUGAAGAAGUUUAACGAGACACGGUGAGGACGUCCUGGGUAAACAAGCAUAAUGAAGUAAUAUUUGACCCACCUCUCCCCUUACCACCACCGUACAGCUUCUCGUGACUAAUAACCAUCAUGUGCAUAGAAGAGAAUGCUAAUCGCUGUAAAAGGUGAACUCCUCCCCACCCCCUCGCCCGGGUGGUGAGAACUGGAGUUGAGAAUCAUUGCUCGAUGCCAUUCUUGCUGGCCUGGGGCACGUCGGUUGUUUCCAUACCCGGUGCACCCACGCCGUCGCUACGUUUUCCACAGCUCGUGUCCACCGAACUCCCCUGGCGCAAGCACCACUAUCUUAAGAGUCUCUGUCAUCAUCAUCGUUCGGCACGCGGUAAAAUAUGCAUCAAAUCGCAGAGUAAAAUUUGAUUGUUGCGUUCGCGAUACCUGUGCACGGCGUCGGGGUCGUCCGUGUGAGAGGAUCGGUUGUCCUCGAUGUUGGUGGCGGGUUUUUCCGACGCAUUUUUUUGUGUUACGCGAUCGAACCCAAAAAAAAAAAACCUGUUAAACUGUACAUGUAGAUAAUGUUGUACUUGCAAAAAAAAGGCCCCAAAAAACGCGUCAAAAACAUAAUAAGAAUUCUGUUAUCGAACCGCGACUGGCAAUCGUGACUUUGUAUGUUACUGUCGAUGGGAUGAUGCGUUUAAAGGCCCGAUCGUCAAUCUUCAUGGUAAAAACAAUCAUGAUCAAUCACCUAUCUACCGUAAUCGAUGCAUGCUCCUGCUUGGAUAAAUCACGUGGGGACGUGCUCUUUUUCAUCCAUUGGCUACUCUGAGCCAACAUUGGAAAUUCCACAUUCCUGUGACGGGGGUGGGGGGGUAAUCCCUUGCACACGACAAUGAUCGUUGACUUCCUUCCGAGUGGGUACUCAAUUGUCGACCCCGGAGGGAUGAUGGGCCGAGUAGACUCCCGUCCGACCUGCUCGCUGCGAAUUACAUGAAUCUCCUGGGUGAACAAAGACGUCGUUGACUCAAUUCAGGGCUGACUCCCGAUUGAUCAGUUGAUUGUAAAUCCUGUGGAUGUGAGCGCUUGGAGGACUGCAUCGAUCAUAUAUAUGCCACCAUAUUUAAGAAUGGAUAUCACCAUGCCCUUCCUGCUUUGCUCUUCGUAUACCGUAUCCUAUGAUUUUGGUGCAAAAAGUGCAUUUUUACGUUUAUCACAGAUGUUUUAAUGUUCAUGAAAUGCAUAUAUGUUUGUCUUUGAAAGUAUGCAAUGGGUUCGUUAUUUUUUGAUGGGGGGGGGGGGGUGUCCUUUAAUGCGUAUCAAUUGUUUAUGCAAUGUCAAUACGAACUUUCAAAUAUCUCUAAUUAACAAUUAAAAUCAAUGCCAACAGUAAAAAAAAAAUCACGUGUGUAUGCAGUGCAAAUUAAAUUAAUUGUAUUAUAUAUGUGUAUUAUCCCCGCCACGAUGGUCACUUUGCUAUUCAACGGAACGUCAAGCAAAACAGGACUGUACGAUCUCUUAUGAAAUACUGAAUAGACGUCAAUACACGCCGAGUAGAACACAUCGCGUUUUGUGCAGUACUCGGUCGAGCCACUGCCGGACGAAUUAGUCUCCACGCUUUUCGGUGACGACGGUUUUGACGAUACUUCACCACGCUGGUCGGUUUGGGUUGACGGAGGAGGGAUCCAAGGACCGGUUCGAAUGUCGCUGGCCAACGACCGUCGGCCGCGCCAUGGGAAUACAAACUCGGGUCGCCCGGCUGAUAGCGCGGCGUUGCUAACCGUUGUGUCACCGUUCCACCCCAAAUAGAACCAUCGUUUACGGAAUUGCAACGCUGAACGCCAUGAACGCCGCCGUAAUGCCACGAAAGCUUUAAAUCAAGAUUAACAACACGCUGCUUGCAAUCCGGAGGUCGCCGAUUCAAUCUUCCGGCGUGGCAUUUGAAAUAUCGAUGGGCAAGUUUCCUAAAUCUCCCACACCUGUGUCCUCCCAGCGGCGUAAAUGGGUAGAGCGCAGGUGAUUGGCAGAACGCGUACGGUGGGGUAAAAUGUGGGUACGUCUGGCAGGGUGGAAGGGUAGGCCACACACAGUAGAUCAUCGGUUAUCUGGCGGUUUUGGGAUGAAGGGGGGCGCCGGAUUUUCAGAAACCCCGGAUGAUCACUACAUUAUUUAAAAUUCAAACUAGAUUCGAAGCUUUCGUGACUGCAGGAAUUACUCUGGUUAUUUCGGUAAAGUCACGUAGGCAGAAAUAAUAAUAUAAUACGACGUUUCGAUUGCAACACAAGCAACCAUUAUCAGGUACGAAUGAAUGAGAAAAACCAACAGUAAACUCAAAAAUACAAUGCAACACAACACAGAGAGUUGACCAACACAAGUCAACACCCCAACCUGGUUGAUUACGUUCUUAUUUAAAAUUGCUUAUUUGUUUUCGCACAUUUUUUUAGGUGUUGUAAAUAAAGACGACAAAUGAAUAUCCUGUAAAAAGUUACCGUAUUUACUGUACCGUACUUAUCACUCCAAUCUCGAAGAGUCUGCAUGGGGUGAUGAUGUACGUCCUGCCCUCUUGUUUGAACAACAACAAACAACGUGUUUGUGCUCGCAGCCUUUGGAUGCGGUAUUGCCCGUUUCGCCGGAUCGGCCAUCAACUUUACCCUGCAGAGGAGUUCCCCAGAGCUCCGUCUAGCGGAUGCCCCUCUUGUCAGCAGUGGCGUCAAGCAGGAAAUUUCAGGGCUGCACAUUUACCGUCCGCCACCUCUUGCACCGCGAUUUAAAUCAAAGCGCGGACGCGA